UACGCUUUGUCUUUUCACAAAUAAUGUUCAUCUUCUAAGAAAGAUGCGCGAUUGCUGCAAAACUGGGCUUAUUGUUCGAACUUGUAAUUGUAAAUCCCGAUUCCCGAUUACUCAGAAAAACCAACAUUUUGCAAGAAAUUAAUAAUAAGAUCUUUAUGAAUUAUCACCUUAUCGUUACGUGAAACCUUGUAUAAAACGUUAUUGGGUUUAACGAGGGGCAGGCAUGAGGGGUUUGGUGAAAGGUCGAGGUACGAGCUAGAAAAGUGUCUCCAUCAAAAUUAGUAUCUUUUCAAAUGAAAAGUGAAUUUAACGAACGGAUGGAGGGACACGAAGGGUUCCGAGAGGAAGGACUGGCCGGUGAAAAAAAUAGCGGCAGACCUCGAGAUGGACGGCCCUGGAAGGGCGAUUCGCUUAGCGCCGUUUUGCGAGAGGCGAGUUACCGCGACUAUAAAUGCGAACGCGGCGGCGAAAAUCGUCUCAGUCCUGAGUGCGAAAAAACCCACGACGGAGCCGUUCCCUCGGUGUACGUGUACUUACUGCCCGAGGAACGAACUCGGAAACACGUGUGAUUCAAUACCCGCGACUUUUAACGCGGAAACUAAAAGGAAUCGCAUUGAUCUCUGUCGAGUGUAGAUAAACCGUGUGCAUACCAGUUGGUGAUCGUGACCGCGGAUUCAUAGAUCGUUCUAGUCGUGGAACAUCCUUGCUCGGAAAAGUGAUCUAUCGAUCUCUUUAGGAUAUGAAAAGAACGCGUUCAUUUCACUUCCUUGAUGCGAGCCAUACGGAUUAACAUGGGACGAGUCAAUUUAGGAAGGUAGAGGGAAAAAUCGCAAGUAUAUUUCAAGAUAGACGUUGAAUAACAGCAAGCACAAUGAUCACGCGAGUGAAGCUUUGGUGGAAGCUGCUCAAUUCCGACCAGUACAAAGGUAUUUUCGCCGGAUUGGCAGCACACUCUGGACAAAUAUCGGUCGGCCUCGGUCAAGGGUUCAGCGCGAUUCUAGUCCCAAAAUUACUUGAAACGAAUUUUGCGGAUCAGUCUGAAACAUCGUGGAUCGCAUCGCUAGGCGUCAUCUCGAAUCCAGUAGGAUCAGUGAUAGCUGGGCUAUGCGCGGAAUUCUUUGGAAGGAGAUCGGCGAUCGCAUUGGCGUGUUUGCCUCAUGCCGCGGGCUGGCUGCUAAUAGCGUUAGCGAAGAGCGUGCCCAUGUUGUACACGGGAAGAUUCGUCAGUGGAAUCGGUAUGGGCAUGGCGAACGGCUUGUACCUAUACGUCAGCGAGACUGCCGCGCCGAAUCAAAGAGCCUGGCUGGGAAGCUGUGGACCAGUUUUAGUUUCGCUCGGUGUCUUGAUGAUUUACACGCUUGGCGCGGUGACCACGUGGGACCGGGCGGCUGCGAUUAGCAUUGGUCCUGCUAUCCUCUCCUUAGCACUGACACGCAUGAUUCCAGAAAGUCCGGGUUGGUUGAUCGCAAGGGGACGGAAGGAAGAGGCGAAGGAGUCUUUGUUGUGGUUGCGAGGUCCUGGCGCGAACACCGACAACGAGUACGCCGAGCUUUGUGCGACGAACGUGAAGAGGGAAGACGGGAAACAGAGUUUAGUGAAAGCUUUGCACAAGCCGAGCAUUUGGAAGCCUUUCCUGAUUCUCCUCACGUUCUUUGCGUUUCAACAACUCUCGGGCAUCUACAUAAUAUUGUUCUACGCUGUGAACAUUCUCAAAGAUAUCCGUAUAGACUUGAACGAAUACUCGGCGAGCGUCGGGAUCGGUGUCAUCAGGUUGUUUGCUUCGGUAGCUGGCGCGGGUCUCGCGAACAGCUUCGGAAGGAAAGUGUUAGCUUCCGUCAGUGGUUUGGGAAUGGCGAUAUCCGCUGUCGGCGUUGCCCUUGCUCACAGGUUCGAAUUGCCAUCGGUAGUAUGUCUGGCAUGCGUGGGAGGACACGUAGGUUCUUCUAUGCUGGGGUAUCUCACUCUUCCUUGGGUGAUGACGUCCGAAUUGUAUCCUCUGAGGUUCAGGGGUCAUUUAGGCGGCAUCACCACGAGUUUGGCGCAAAUGUUGACGUUCGCCACGAUCAAGAUGUACCCGGAGUUGGACCUGCUAGUUGGAAUCGAGAGCACGAUGUGGAUAUUCGCUGGUUCUGCCAUAAUGGGUGCCGUAUUCGCCCUGACCAUCCUUCCGGAGACCAGGGGUCGAAGUCUCGAUCAGAUAGAGAGUGCGUUCUCCGGAAAGCCGGAAACGAGCACUACUGAUCAGACUUUGCCAACCGUGGUUAUUCAGGCGAAAAGUAUUACACUUCAAAAAUUCGCCUCUAUCUCGGAGGAAAAGCACAAUAUGACGUACGCGUACGAUAACUUCUGUUUAGAUUUAACUAACGACGACGUGAAAGAGAUUGAAAAGGAUCCCUUAAAAAAUAUGGCCAGGGAACCCGCGUCUCAUGCAAUUUCACUAGAACACGUUUAUUUCUAAUGUUAUACGUGACUUCCUUCGCCGACGAUUAAAGCGCCGGUCUACCAGGUCCUCGUGUUGUGAUAUUUUAUAGAAUACCGAGGGCGUCAUAUGUAUGUUGGUUUGCAUGUUGUAUUGUUGUACUUGUGUCUCAGAUGAAGUAUUCAUCAGUAUUAUAGACAUUCCAGUGUGCCUCUAGAAAAUGUGUUCCGACGAACGAGAUACGAAGUUAAUUAGUAUGCCAACAAGAAGUGAUAGGUUUUUUUAGGGUAGCAGUCAUGUAACUUAUUCGUUAUGUAAUGUAUGGUGCAAGAGAGGAUAGAAUGUAGAUCGACGUUACCACUCAGACAAAGAACAUAAAUGUUUCGUAUGAAAAUUAAUCUAGGAACAGUGUAUAUGUGAAUAUUUAUAUUCGUAGACGUACGUGUGCAUUAGAAUAUUUUCUCCAUAAGGAAAUUGUAAAUAUACAAAUAGUUGUAAUGUACAGUAUUUGAUACGACUAUAAAAAAUUUUUAUAUCUGCAUUA